AUGCUCAGCUUCUUCCGAGGCGAUUCGCCUACAGGCACUUAUGAUGAUCCUGCUUCACCUUACUUGAGCCACGACGACUCCCAUGCAGGCUCUGACUCCGAUACAAGCAGCUACGUCAGUUCAAGAAGGAAAGACAGCCUCGUUGACACACUCCAGCUUGAGCUAAAAAUGCGCGACGAACGUAUAAAAGAACUCGAGCAGGCUCAUGAGGAGCUUUUGCGCAAGUCGCAAUUCAAUGCGGGGCAACUAAUAGAAGAACUAAAAAAGGUGGAUAGUGAGAAAAAGGAGGCCCUUGAACGUGCAGAACAACUAGCAAGGCAGUAUCACAAUACGCAAAAAGAUGCAAACAUAGCUGUAGAAGAAAAAAACAAAGCAAAUGAUUGUCUCAGCACACUGCCAUCAGACAAAUUAAAUACUAAACAAAUGAUAAACAAGAAAUCAUCGACACAACAGAAAAAGAAGCCAUUAGAAACCCAUCAAGGUACAGAGAAAGAACCCUACACGUCCAAGAUACACGUCGAAGCUCAUAAGUCAAACGCCCAACAGACUAGAAAACCCAAGUCUGAGGAGGCCCUGGUGGGCAUGGAUGCCGAGAAGCGGAGAGCUGAGGAAGUUUUGGAGGCUGAAAAGCAGAGAGCUGCGGAGGCUGUGAUCGCGUUGGAGGCCGAGAAGCAGAGAGCUGCAAAGGCGGUAGAGGCCGAAAAGUACAACGCCGAUAUCGCCAUACAGGUAGCUAAGAAACGGUAUGAGGAGGCUCUGAAGGCUAAUGAAAUGGAGAAGCGCCGUGCCGAGGAGGCUGUGAUCGCCUUGGAGGCCGAUAGGCAGAGAGCUGCGGAGGCUU